AACAUCGGCCACGAGAUCCCCAUUCCCGCGCACUUCCGGUCCCUCCCUCGAUUCGCGCCGUCUGCUUCCGCUCCGAAGGCCUGCGUGGCCGCCUCGCGCACGGUCUCUCCGAUCCGAUGGUCGCCGUCCGCGGCUGAGAAAUCUUGGGGAACAACCCGCUGCUCAUGGAUCCCAUUCAAUCCAAAGGGGAAGAAGGCGAGGAGGGCUUGGAUCGCGCCUUCUCCGAGGUCCCUCCCCUCCCCGGCCCCGAUGCCGAAGGGAAGUCGACUAAGCGCGCGCGAUGGGCCACCAAGCGCAUGACCGCCACCUCCGGCCUCCGCAAGAGGGUCUCCAUCCUCGAACGGGGUCGUCGGCGAGACACCCAGAACUCCGCGACAGAGGCGGCGACAGACACGCCGGAGGAUGGCGAGACGGAAGCUGCAUCGCGGAAGGUUCACUUCAAUUGUCCCAUCCCCGACAGUGAGCGGGACGAGGAAGGCAAUCUCAAGGCCGUCUACCCCCGCAACAAAAUCCGCACCUCCAUCUAUACGCCCAUCACCUUCUUACCAAAGAACUUGUGGUUGCAGUUCCACAACAUUGCCAAUCUCUACUUCUUGUUCGUCGUCAUCCUGCAGUGCUUCUCCAUCUUUGGCGAUGCCAGUCCGGGCCUGGGCGCUGUCCCCCUGAUCAUCAUCGUUGUCGUCACCGCAUUCAAGGACGCCGUUGAGGACUGGCGGCGCACCGUCUCAGAUAAUGAACUCAACAACUCCCCUGUCUACCGCCUGACUAACUGGGACAAUGUCAACGCCACCGCCGACAACGUGUCUGCCUGGCGAAAGUUCAAGAAGGCCUGCACGCGCACCGUCAUCGCCACCUAUCGCGGGAUGAAGAAGCUGGCGCGCCGCAAAUCCACCGAAAAGGACAUCGCAGGAGACGUCGAGGUCGCGGACGCCCGCCCCUCGGUUGAACCCUCCUCCCCGACCGCAUUCGAAAUGACGGAGGUGACAUCACCGUCCAUCGAGGCCCGUGCUUCCAUGGAAUGGCCCGAUCCUUCGAAUGAUGUGCAUUUGCAACCGGGCCAUGAUGCGCCCUGGGCGCAGGUGAAGGGCAGUGUCCUCAAUCCGACCAAGACCGCGUCGGGGCAAGCGCGCUUCAAACGGCAGCAUUGGAAGGAUGUCAAUGUCGGCGACUUUGUCCGUCUGUAUAACGGUGAUCAGAUCCCCGCGGACCUGGUCAUCCUCUCGACUUCGGAUCCGGAUGGAGCCUGUUACGUGGAGACCAAAAACCUGGAUGGUGAAACUAACUUGAAGGUACGCCAUGCCUUGAACUGCGGUCGCACCGUUCGAAACGCCCGGGACUGCGAGCGGGCCGAAUUUACCAUCGAAAGCCCGCCCGCCCAUGCGAAUCUCUACGCCUUCAAUGGCGCCGUCUUUUGGAACCAACAAGACGAUCCGGAGGCGCCACCACAGGAACAGGUGGAGCCCAUCACCAUCAACAACAUCCUGCUCCGCGGAUGCAGCCUUCAAAACACGGAAUGGGCUCUGGGAGUGGUGCUUUUUACCGGCUCCGAAUCCAAGAUCAUGCUGAACCAAGGUAUCACGCCGACCAAGCGACCCCAGAUGGCGCGCAACAUGAACCGGAACGUGAUUUACAACUUCGCCAUCCUCUUCAUCAUGUGUUUGAUUUCCGGCUUCAUCAACGGCUUUGCCUGGGACCUCAAGCAUGCGUCCCUGUCAUACUUUGAAUACGGCUCGUAUGGUGGAUCGCCCCCGGUGGAAGGUGUAGUUGCGUUCUGGGUGGGUAUCAUCCUCUUUCAGAACUUGGUGCCCAUCGCCCUGUAUAUCUCAUUGGAAAUCGUACGGUGGUUCCAGGCGCUUUUUAUCUUCUUCGACCAUUAUAUGUACUACGAGAAAUUGCAGAUGUCCUGUGUGCCCAAAGCCUGGAAUAUCUCGGAUGACAUUGGGCAGAUCGAGUACAUUUUCUCCGAUAAGACCGGCACCUUGACGCAGAACGUGAUGGAAUUCAAGAAGUGCACGGUCAACUGCGUCGCGUAUGGCGAAGCCUAUACUGAGGCUCAAUUGGGAAUGCAGAGACGGCAAGGUUUGGUCAACGUCGAGGAGGAAGCCGCUAAGGCUCGCCAGCACAUCAGCGACAGCCGAGUGGAGAUGCUGCAGCGACUGCGCCAACUGCACGAUAACCCGUACCUCUUGGACGAGAAUCUGACGUUUGUCUCGCCACAAUACGCUGCGGAUCUUGGCGGCGCGUCGGGAGAUGCUCAGAAACAAGCCACCGAGAGCUUCAUGGUCGCGCUGGCUUUGUGCCACACGGUUGUCACGGAACGUAUUCCAGGCGACCCUCCCCAGAUUGAGUUUAAAGCGCAAUCUCCGGAUGAAGCGGCUCUGGUGGCCACUGCUCGAGACUGUGGGUUCACUGCGCUGGGCCGCUCCGGUGAUAGACUCACUCUCAAUAUUAUGGGAGAGGAGCGUAGUUACCGAAUUUUGAAUAUCCUCGAGUUCAACUCCACGCGUAAGAGGAUGAGUGUGAUCGUCCAAAUGCCGGACGGGACCAUUCGCCUGUUGUGCAAGGGAGCCGACACGAUCAUUUACUCUCGCCUGGCACCCGGCCAACAACGCGAGUUGCGCGAUACGACCACCCAGCAUCUAGAGCAAUUCGCUCAAGAAGGUCUCCGUGUUCUUUGUAUCGCGGAGCGUGUUCUUGACGAGAAAUACUACCAGGAGUGGAGUCUCAAGCACGACGUGGCCGCAGCUGCUAUUGUGGACCGCGAGGAAAAGCUCGAAGAGAUCGCCAGUGCCAUCGAACAGGACCUGUCCUUGAUCGGCGGAACUGCGAUUGAAGAUCGCCUGCAGGAUGGCGUGCCGGACACCAUUUCCCUCUUGGCCGAGGCCGGUAUCAAACUGUGGGUUCUCACGGGCGAUAAGAUCGAAACGGCUAUCAAUAUUGGCUACUCCUGCAACCUGCUGAACAAUGAUAUGGACAUCAUGGUGUUGAACGCCCCCCCAGACGCGGACAUGGCUGCGAAAGAGUUGGACAGCAAGUUGGAGAUGUUCGGAAUCACUGGCUCUGAUGAGGAACUUGCCGCCGCACAGAAGGACCACUCCCCGCCUCCGCCGACACAUGCCCUCGUCGUCGACGGUGACACCCUCCGCUUUAUGUUGGAUGACGCCCUCAGACAGAAGUUCCUGUUGCUUUGCCGACGCUGCAAAUCCGUCCUCUGUUGCCGUGUCAGCCCCGCCCAGAAGGCGGCGGUGGUCGAGAUGGUCAAGAGCGGCUUGAAUGUGAUGGCUUUGUCUAUUGGGGAUGGCGCCAACGACGUCGCUAUGAUUCAAAAAGCCGACGUCGGAGUGGGCAUCGCGGGAGAAGAGGGUCGCCAGGCUGUCAUGUCGGCCGAUUACGCCAUCGGCCAGUUCCGCUUCCUCCAGCGCCUCAUUCUCGUCCACGGUCGGUGGUCGUACCGGCGUCUCGGCGAGACCACCGCCAAUUUCUUCUACAAGAACUUGGUCUGGACGUUCGCACUGUUCUGGUAUUCUAUCUACAACAACUUCGACGGCUCCUACCUAUACGAAUACACUUAUAUCACCUUGGUGAACGUUGCGUUCACCUCUUUGCCUGUCAUUUUCAUGGGCAUCUUCGACCAAGAUGUAGACGAUAGGGUGUCUCUGGCGGUACCGCAGCUCUACAUGCGCGGCAUUGAGCGCAAGGAGUGGAGCCAGUUGAAAUUCUGGAUCUACAUGCUUGAUGGCUUCUACCAAUCGAUCAUCUGUUUCUUCAUGCCAUAUAUGCUGUACGCCGUGGCCAACUUCCAGACGGAGAACGGACGCGGAAUCGACGACCGCUACCGUGUCGGUGUGCUCGUCGCAACAUGUGCCGUGAUUGCCAGUAAUACCUAUGUGAUGCUGAACAUGUAUCGGUGGGAUUGGCUCUCGACUCUCAUCAACGCGAUCAGUUCGUUGUUAAUUUUCUUCUGGACUGGUGUUUACUCAUCCUUCCAAUCAUCCACCGUUUUCUACGGAGCAGCUAAGCAGGUCUACGGCGCCCUGGCUUUCUGGGUGCUCCUGCUGUUGACGGUCGUGAUGUGCUUGAUCCCUCGCUUCGUCUACAAUUGCAUUCAGAAGGUCUACUUCCCGCGUGAUGUUGACAUUAUCCGGGAACAGGUGAUUCUCGGGCAUUUCGAUCACCUGAAGAAGUUUGAAGCCUAUGUUCCCCCGGAUGCCGGUAAGCUGGCUCACAUGGAUAGUGAUGCAUCGGCCACCCCGUCGGACGGCGGCGAUGCGCCGCACUCGAAGUUCACGCGCGAUUACCCUGUAAAUCAGGGCAUCGACCGAACGGCGGACUCCACGCCCGUUGCACCGCUAGUCGACGCGCAAGGAGCCCCCACCCACCUGGAUAGCCAUGUCACUAGCGCCAACAGUAGCGUUGCCUUCGGCCUCCAGCGUCACGGGUACUCCGAGGAGCAACCCUUCUCGCGGGUGGAGUCCGCCAACAUGGAGCCGCAAACGCCGCACAGCCCCCUGAAAAGCCGCAGCGACCAUUCGCCAUACCCUGUAUAGAUAGAGCUACAAUCUCCUGUUUUUACCCCCUCCCCCCAGCGUCCCUCAGAUCUGUCGAUAUCUACCAUCUACAUCUACGUCUUUCCUUGAUAUCUAUGCU